CAACACGGAUAAUAUAUAAAUAGCCCCAAAACACAAAAUUCUAAAGCUAAUUCUCUAGAAUCAUCAAAACAAGAAGAAAAGAAAUGGCGUGCACGAGUGUGCUGCGUUCUGUUUUGACAACAGAGCCAUGGAUGAUUCCUCUCCAUCAAAACCGAGCCAUCAUCUAUUAUUCUCUCUCAUCGAGAAAAACCGUUGGAGUUUCAACCAGUAAGACACCAAGCAUUAGGGCUCCUGAAUUUCAUCACUUUGGAAGACCAAGACCCACUCAUGUUAACUGUUUCAGCUCUUAUAAUAAUAACAACAACAAUGAAGAUGACCACGAUCAAGACCCCCCUCAAGAAGCUGUGCUCAAAGCUAUUUCUGCAUACAGUCACAUAUUGAUAGAAACUUCUGUUGAUGAUACAGAGGUAUCAAGGACAGAAGGGAGGGUUGGACAAACCACAAAUGUGGUUAUUGGUGGUACGGUAGCAGAUGAUUCUACUAAUGAAUGGCUUGCUUUGGAUAAGAAGGUAAACUCAUAUCCAACAGUUAGAGGAUUUACUGCAAUAGGUACAGGAGGUGAUGAUUUUGUGCAAGCUAUGGUUAUUGCUGUUGAAUCUGUAAUUCAACAACCAAUCCCUGAGGGUCGAGUGAGGCAGAAAGUAUCUUCAAGGGGCAAAUAUGUGUCAGUCAACAUCGGUCCUGUUCAAGUGGUUUCUAGUGAGCAGGUUCAAGCUGUAUACAAUGCCAUGAGGAGAGAUGAUCGGAUGAAGUACUUUUUGUAGUAUGAAACUCCUUUUGUUUUGUAUAGAAUGCCGAUAUGUGGGGCUGAAAGAUUUGCCUCUCUUUUAAGAUUUCCAGUCUUUCUUUCCCAGUUAUGUUAUUUGAUAAGCACAGGUGUUAUUAGUUAAGAAAUCUUGAUUCAAUAUGAUCUGUUAGAUAUUUAUUUGAGAUGUAUAUUAUAAUGAUUUGAUAAUCACAAAAUAGGGAGCAAAUACCUUUUGUAAUUUCAUGCUUGAUCUACAAUAGAUAGAUUGGCUAUGGAUAAAAACUAUAUCGAGCAUGGUUAUGAAUUUCUUUCUUCA